ACAACCACAUCCACAACAACAAUCAACCACAACAGCCUUCUCUAACUCUCCUCCACUCAGACGUUCCCUCGACCCCUUCCAGCCAGGAUCGUCGCGCCCCCCGAGAAAGUCCCCCAGAAACGACCCCGUCCUACAGGGAAUCUUCGUAGGAUGGGCGGCGAGGAUGGCUCUGGUCCUCGGGGCUUCGGUAUCCUAGGGGCCAACACCGUGAGGAUCCUGCUGGGGACGCUGAUAACCUUUAUCGCCUUCGUGGUCGUCAGCCUUAUCGUGUUCUGGUACCAAGGCUGCCCAAAGGGAGGAUUUCGGUGUCGGGACGGAGCGUGUCUUCCCAGGAACAUGUGGUGUGACAACGUGACUGAUUGCCUUGACGGGGAGGACGAGAGCGCUGAAAAUUGCUUGUUGCCUCCAGGCCAGAGUCCCGAGCUUAUUAUGGAGCUCCUCGAUAGCAUGAAAAAGUGCGACCUGUGCGUGUGUCCGCGCUGGAGCCCCUUGGCGAACUGUGAACCGCAAUCGGAGGAUAACAUGAGCAUAAGCGAGUGCAAGACAAGGAUCGACGUCCUAUCACGCUCCUUCCCUCCUCGUCCCUUCGUCAGGAAUCCUCGGAGUGACCGCCCGCUGCCUUCCCCGGCCGCCCAAUUGGACCUCCAAGCCCCUUCUGCCAAAAAGGAUGCACUUGGAGUCUUUGGAGAAUACGAAUCGUCGAGGAGGAAACUGGGUCGAAAUCCUGCAGGUCUUUCAUCCUCUGGGCUUCGUCGCAGGAGGGCCCAUCCAGAGGGCGAGCUCGGCCACAGAACCGCCUGGAAAUUCGAUCAUCCCCAAGAAGUGGAUUUCAAAGCCUUUCGUACGUUCAAUUCGUUCAAUGACGUGGCGCUGGAACACAGCCGCAGCAAAGAGUACGGUGAUACGGCAAGCAAAGCCACAUGGAGAACUAAGAACAUUCGCACAGUGAGCAAAACACUCGACAAGCUGAGGAGAACUAGGAAAUUCGUGACUGAGGACACCACCAGCAUUCAUAAAUCCAUCUCAGAUUCAUCCGCUUGUGACACCUCUUUCGUGGACACAGUCUUAUGUGACGGAGUCGCUCAGGGCGAAACUAGCACAAGACACAGCAUUUCUGGCAGAGGGCCUCUCGGAAGUCUGUCUCCUUCCCACGCCUUUCCAGCAGACACAGCCAGAUCCAGUAACAACGACAUGAACAAAGCUACCUAUACAGAUAUGAUAGAUAAAGUUCCUCAUAUCUCGGAGAAAACCACAUCAGACAGUCUCCACGUCUUAAAAGCAUCCACACCAAGUCCCGGUGGCGUGAACGAAGUAGACGAAACCGCCUCACAUGAACGCCUCAAGAUCGAAACACUUGAACAUCGAAACAAGCGAACUGAGAACGAGAGCGGGUUAGCGGAGAGGCACAACAGCGUGAAAGCUGACCCAACUAGCGGCCCAUGCAAACCGAGGUCAAGUCUUUGUCGACCGAAGAAAAGAGAGAGGCGAUACCUCAGCUCGGUCGUGCCCCAGAUGGCUCACGGCUCUUUCAGCAAUCGAAAGCCAUUUCCUAGGAGACACCUCGAGGAUGGCCGGUACAACAUACUGCUCCGUCGAGGCCAGGGAACACCCCCACCGCCCCGAAAGGACUUGCAGGGCCAGCUGAUCCUCAACAUGAGGCGAGUCGAACACCACAACGAGACCCAAAGUGCGUACGACGUGGAGGAGGUCGUCGACCCCGAGAUCAACGACUGCUUCUGCGAGUAUAGUUCCCAGCUGAAGUGUCUGGGGGAACGGAUCACCAGAAUCCCCAGCAGGGUCGUGGGGAACGUCACUUGGUUCAUCGUCAGGAUGAGUUCGGUCCGACACCUCGAUGUCGACGUGAUGGCUCAGUACUCAAGUCUCAGAAUAAUGUCACUGGAAGAGAAUCACCUGACCUCCAUCCCUCGCGCCGUUUUCUCUAACCAGAAUGUCCUCAAACACCUAUAUAUGUCCAAAAACCAGAUAAGAUAUCUCCACAAGGAUAGCUGUCAAGGUCUGCGGAGUUUGCUGACAUUUUUCCUCGAUAAAAACAAUUUGGAGAUUGUAGAGCUGGCCUGCUUCGUUCACACGCCCGUCCUCGUCACGCUAAACCUGGCUUACAACGGCUUGUCUCUCCAACACGAGAGCUUCCCUCCGCUGCCUCACCUGCGGCACGUGUUCCUCCACGACAACAAAAUUACAAAUAUCGACAACCUAUUUACCAACAUAACAUCCAUAACAACUUUACAGCUCAACAACAACAGGAUCCGUAUGAUUCGCUGCCAGGCUUUCAGCACGUUAAUACACCUUCGCUCAGUAGAUCUAUCCGGGAACCCUCUGACGACGGUGCAGGAUAUCUUCACGGGUCUGAAGGCUCUCCGCGUCCUGAACCUGAUGGACCUCGACCUUCAGGACAUCGACGAGCGACACUUCUUAUCGAUGGAAGAGCUGAAAUUAGCGUAUUUCAAAACCUUUCGGUACUGCAGUUACGUGCCGCGGGUCCUCCAGUGUCUCCCAAGUACAGACGGUGUCUCGAACGGGCGUGACAUGAUGGGCUGGGUCGUCCUGCGGGUGGCUGUGUGGGUCGUCGCCGCCCUCACCCUCGCCGGCAACCUGGCCGUGAUCGGGUGCCGCGCCAUCUCCAAGGAGGACAACAAGAUACUGAAGCUCUUUAUCAAGAAUCUGGCAGCCGCCGACCUCCUGAUGGGCGUGUACCUGGUGAUCCUGGGCGUGCAGGACCUCAAGACGCGGGGAUCCUUCCGGGCGGAGGCGCUGGCGUGGGCGUCCUCCUACACCUGCACCUUCACGGGAAUCCUUGGCCUCGUCUCGUCGGAGACGUCAGUGUUCAUCCUGACCUUCAUGUCCCUGGAGCGGUACUUGUUCAUCCGUCAGCCCCUCGAAGCCCGCACGCUGUCGGAGAGAUCGGCGAGAGUCUGUCUGUUCUUCAUAUGGCUGACGUCGAUUUUCUUGGCUGUCUUUCCUGCGAUCUGGAUCAAAAGCUUCUACGAGAGCAGUGCCAUGUGUAUUCCUCUGCACGUGACCGAACCUUACCUCGCUGGAUGGCAAUAUUCGACUUUCAUUUUCUUGGGUAUCAACACGCUCAGCAUGACCGUGAUCCUGGGCGCCUACGCCGGCCUCUUCUUCAACAUCAUGGUGACCCGGACCUCGACACCUCUCUCGGGCGGCGAGUCCAAGUUCGCGCUCCGCUUCUUCUUCAUCGUCGUCACCAACUGCGUGUGCUGGCUGCCCAUUGCGUGCGUGAAGGCGGCGGCGCUGGCUAAUAUCGAGGUCCAUUCCGGAGUGUACGCCUGGCUCGUGGUCCUCGUCCUGCCCAUCAACUCGGCGAUAAACCCGAUUCUGUACACUUUCUCGACGUCGAAGUUCCAGAGCCAGGUGGCGACGUUACGCACCGUCUUCCGCAUGGCCCGCAACAGGCAAGAUUCGGCAACAGACACGGACGUCCUCCGGUACUCCUCGAGCCGCAGCUGGGGUAGCGCGGCGCAGUGCAACGUCAGCCACGCCCACCUGCCUCCUCUCCACGUCCACAACGGCUCGCAGAACGGCUCUGUGGUUCUUAUUCGUGAGAAGAUCGACCGCCGCGCUUCCGCCUACGGAUUUUGCCAAAGGAGAUCCUUAGGCAAUAACAGCUAUUUCUUCAAGGAUCCUUUGGCCAAAGACGCGCCGUCCUCCAACGGAGUAGUGUCUCCCGAGAAGGACCUGAACCCUGGUCGGCACCUCACCCUCAGCGCGAAAGUGAGCCAGGCGAGGUCCUCUUCUCCAGGAGAGAGAGCCACCGACGUCAGCGCAAGUCCCUGCUCUAGAGGUCGCCUGUCCCUUUUCAAGCUGGAACUUGGACGGACGCCCACUCCGCCAAGCCCCGAAUCCAACCGCCGAGACGCGAAGGGCGAACACACCCCGUCAGAGGGGCAAGAAUACAAGGAUAUUUGCCUCGAGGCCCAUCUGUCCAGCCACGAAACGCCACGACCCAGGGAGAUUACCUCGCCCUCGGAAUCGUCGUCGAAAGUCAAGGGAGCACCCAUUUACGUUGGCUGCUGCGCCACCUCGUCCUCGGAUAACCAAAACGCCGACGUCCUGCGUCUAAAUCUGACACUUUGCUACAACUCGGACUCCACGCAGCUUCCACUCCGCACGAGUUCAUCUUUAGGAGUCCGACGCAACUCGGACUCGGAGUAUCCCCUUCCGUCGUCAAGUGGCAAGACCACGAGUGUCACCCACACAGUGCCGGAGACUAACCAGACGCCUUGGCACUUUCCCUUUCCAGCUGCGACGUCACUCGCGCCCCAUCCAAGACGCUCCUCCUGGUCCGAAUUUUCGUCCUCAGUCUCCGCGUCCUGUGAUUAACUUUCGGACACGCUUUGUAAACUGGUUGUGUUUAGCCUCUCCUGCUUAUGGUUCUCUGAUGGUGUCUGCGUUUAUAUGGAUGUGUCUCAGUAUCUUUUAUGUUUAUGUGAAAUCUCAGUUAAAGAAAGCUGGAUUCUUAUAUCAAAGAGACGUUCAGAACGGGAUAAAAAUAACCUUGUGCUUGUGUUAUGCUGAUUACUGUAAUUAAUUAACGCAUACUUUAAAUCAUAGAGAUAAUGAUGACAAUGAAACGCAUAGAUGUUUUUCAUAAUUUCCUUUUUAGAAGUGUUCAUCUGAUUUGCGUGUACACGGUUGCACGAAACUGUGCUUAGGUUUUUGCUAUAUACGUCUGUGUGCAACAAUUUCAAAAUACCAUCUCCAGUAUCGUUUUAUGACGUCAUAAUUGCAUACAACGGAUUUUUCAUUUGUAAGAUUUCUGUUGUCAUUUUAUAAUACUCAAUCGUAUUUCAUUGUAGCUUUUAGAAAAUGGAUAAAAAUGUACAUUGAUAUAGCAAAUCAUAUUUUUAUAAUUCUCUUUUGUCAAAAGCAUUUUCUAAUAUCAGCAGUGUGUGUGUGUGUUUUAUGUUUAUAAAUCUAUUUACCUAUCAGGAUCUUCUUUUCAUUGUAUUUGAACGAAAACUUUAGAUAUUUGAAUUUCGUCUACAAGAAUAUCAACAAACUUGUAUUCAAUAUGUUCAUUCAAAACCAUGACAGAUUGAGAUGAAAAAGUAGUCUAGAUAUUGUUUUUAGGCCUUUUUAGCAUAUAUAGAUUUAUUUUUCUUACGGUUCGACAAGAGAUAUUUACUUGUACAAUUUUUACUACGCCAUAUCCCUAAGUGUAGAGAUGUAAGCUAUAGGCUCGUUUCAGACGCGUCCAUUUUUCGCCGUCCUCCGUCUGCCGUGGACGGGAAAAAACCGUCUCCUGUUGAAAAGGGGAACGUCAGCCACUCAACGGUUGUAUAGAAAAGCCCAAUAGACGGUAAAAAAAAUCGAUUCGUCUGAAACCGACCUCAAAAACGUCAUACCUCGAAAUCAAAAUUCAAUACUGCAGAACGUUACAUUUGAAAAAAAAAAGAAUUAGGGAAAAAAUGACUACAUUAAAAGGCAUUUCGAAUGAUCGAAGAACAAAAAAUAUAGAAUCACUUUUGGACCGUCCUUAAACAAUCUCAGUUCAGCAUGGCAAUUCAGGUAAUAAAUAUGACCUAUGAUUAACUUCAAUCUAUGAGAUAGAUCCUUUCGUAAUAAAAGAAAGAUGUUAAUUAUUAGUAAACAUCCAUUUAUUUUUUCAGUUUUUUUUUUUUUUUUUUUUUUUUUUUUUUGGCGUACUGCUUUGAAUAUUACAGAUCAUUGUUCAGAAAACGUCUUCCUGUUAUUUAAGAUAAUCUCUGAGAUGUGGUUUCUAUAUUAUAAUACCUCAUAUAUGUACCUGCGAAAUGUUUCCAUUCUUUGUAUAUGUUUAAAUUAUACCAUUUAUGUAUGCAUGUAUGUAUAUAAAAAUUAAUAAAUUGAUCACUA